AUGGAGUUUGCUACACGGCUGGAGGGGGAAGGCAUGUUCGGCAGCCUCGUCGAGGUUUCGGAACAGGCGGAGCACGUCUACACGACUUCCUUCUCCCCUGACGGGAAGUUCCUGGCCGCCGUGCUCGGCAAUGGCGCACUGGUCAUCUUGGACUCCAACACUCUGCACGUUCAGCAGCAUACCGCGAUGGGCAAGCCGUACGAUGACUUGCCCAGCACAGGCGUUCGGUGGCUCUCGCAGAAGAGCGUCGAUCGCUACAACUUGGUCUCCGUGUCAAGCGCGGGGGGCAUCUUUCUUUGGACGUGGGACGGGUAUAAGCUUGAUCGCAUCGCAAAGAUGGAUGAGGAAGACAACGAAAUCACCUGCCUAGAGGCCUGUUUGGAGACAGAUGAGUUUCUCACGGCGGGCAGUGAUCGCAUCGUGCGCUACUACGACGCUGACGGCAACUUGAAAGGUAACUUGUGCAAAGGAUUUGGCGAUGACGGCUACUCGCGUGCGACACAUACAAACCGUAUUUUUUCAGUCCGCUUUACCUCCCCCACAAUGGCUGUUAGUGGCGGGUGGGGAAGCCCGAUUCAGAUCUGGGAUAUGCGUAGCAUGGAGUCCAGGAAGCAGAUUGUGGGCACGCAAGUCGGCGCCGACGGUAUCGAGCCUCUCCCCAAUACGAGCUGCAUCGUUGUGACAUCGAAGAGGCCGGUGCAACAGAUACAGGUCUUUGACUGCGUCUCGGGGGCCGAGUUGGAGGAGGUCUCCGCUCGGCUCUCCGCCGAGGUGGAAGGCACACUUACCCUCCUCUCACGGUAUUGCCCAAAGACGGAUCUUCUUUGGACAGUGACAGCAAAACCACAUAAAGUCUUUGUCAUUUCCUAUUCCACAGGAAAGCUUUUGGCUUCCUGUGAAUUGCCCCUGACGAUUAUGAAUUUGCAGCUUUCUGAGCACUUUCUUUAUCAGGCGAUUGUUUCGUGUGCAAAUGGAAAACUAGUUCGUGCCACUGUGAAGGUGUAG